UUUUGGAAAAAAUUUAUAAUAUUUAGUAAACUUUCUAAUGAAAUAAAGGAAAUUCAAUAAAAACAAUAAAUAAUUAUAUAAAAAAAUUAAAUUGUAUAGCUAAACUGUGUAAACUAAAAGUUAACUGAACUUCAACAAAAAGAAAACAAUCUCAAUUAGAAAGAUAGCAAACGACUCAACAUGUCUGCCACCAUGAAAGUGAGCCCACCAAGUCUCAGCAUAUCACCGUUGAGCGCCGUAAAAGUGUCAUUCCCCAGCAGCUCGCCAACUAACGGUAACAACAACAACAACGAUAGCAGUAGCAACAACAUAAAAAGUGUCAGUCAUACCACAAUGUUGCCACAAAUUAAAUUGCCACCAGCUUCACCGCUCUAUUCACCACUUUAUCCAGCCAUGGAUGCCAUAGCAUCUACACCUAAUAAUUAUGCUAAUAGCAGCAGCAACAGCAACAACAACAGCAACACAAGCAGUAGCAACGGCAAUAACUGUGCGCUACUCAUGUCACCGCCGCUCAGUGCACACAUGUUAAGUGCCAAGACUGAGCAGGAUAACUACCAAGAAUCGGCAAUUGUGCAACAACAUCAGCUCAGCCUUCAACAGCAGCAACAACAACAACAGAGCGUUGACUUUCUUGCACCGAAUUGUAAUUUGAAAGCAGCUUACGGCGGCAGCAGCAGUCACAGCUAUACGGACUUCACCAGCGCUGAGUUGAGCUUUCCGGAUUUUUCGCUCAGUUACAUGGUUGAGACGCCCACAUCGGUUUAUGGUAGCUGCAAUAGCAACAACAACACAGUGGAUUGUAUAACUGGUAGUCAAUGUGGCGGCAGCGGUGGCAACGCUUCGUCGACUAACGUCAGCUUUUGCUGUGCUGACAGCGAUGAGGUCAUGUUGCAACAGCAACAACAACAACAGCAAUAUAAUCGACAAAAGCAGACAGCUUGCCAGGGCGGUGGUAGCAACGCCCAGGAUGUGUUCCGUUUCGAGCCGGAGGAUAUAGCACGUUUAAUAUCGGCAGAUUGUGAGACAAGCUGCAGCUUUGUGAACUCACCGGCAACGGUGGGUUCAGUUAUGCCGCAAGGUGGCGGUUUGUCGGUGACAAAUAGUUUACAAGCGUCUUUUUCGCCACGCACGCCCUACAGUCCUUACGUCACAGCGACGACUUACGCACCGUGUAGUGUGCCUCCCUCGCCGGCAAUGGUGGGUGGCAUUGUGCUGGCAGAUGGAAAUUAUCAGGCGCUACAACAACAACAGCAGCACCAACAGCAAAUGUCAACGGUGUUCGGUGGCGUUGAGAGCAAUUGCAGUAACAGCAAUAGCAGUUGCGACCUCGGUGACAGUCAAAUGUUGUCGGCCGGCACUGUGACCACUGACUGUUUGAACUUGGACAUCGAAUACUACAACUAUGAUGAAAUCAAUUGUCAAUCGAAAAAUCAGUCACCCUGCUCUUCGCCACCGCUCGACCCCUGGAUGACAUUAAAUCUAGCAGACACGAUUGCGAAUGCCGCAGCGGCCGAGACGGCGGCAGCGCAAGCUCAAUUGAAACAUUCACCGAAGCCGAGCAACACCAGCUACGCCUAUCAGUCGUACGACACGCAGUACAUGCCACAACUAACGCCGGAGAUUAAACAAGAGUCGACGACUAUUAAGUUGCCCUCGAUGAUGUCCACCUUUGGCACGCCUAAAUAUGAGUCUGUCUACAACUAUGACUACGCCUUUGGGCAUGAGGAGAUCUCCACACAGCCACCGCAGUACCAGUGUCAGCAGCAGCAACAACAGCACCAACAGCAAAUACAAGAGAAAUGGCUGCCAUACGGCUCCACCGCCGUGCCGGUUACUGCGGCUGUUGUACACAAUUACGAUCAUUUGCCCGAGAACUAUCAAAACUGCAAUUUGUUGCAUGCGGAAAAACCGAAUCGUGAACACAAAAUCAUUUGGACCAUCGACGAGUUGGACGAGAUGCAUGAGGAGCUCAUCGAUGAGCUCUGCUCGGCCAGCACCAAACAAUCGAAUCACAUGAGCGGCGAUGAGGAUGUCGAUGUGGACAUUGCUGGCUAUUUCGAAGAGGAGAACUCACUCGACUUCGCCCUGCAGGCGGCGAGCAGCGAACGUGCAUUUGAUGAUGUAAAUGAGGAUGAUAACGAUUCUGUGUUUCACAUUAGCGACUGCGCCGGCAUCAACUCAAACACCAACAAUAAAAAUCAAUUAGAACAACAGCCGGCACGUCGUCGUCGCCGUUACACUUCACCGGGCGUUGAAAAGAAAUCAACUUGCCAUACGAGUUAUGAUGCACACGCUCGUGGCGCUGUGGCGCAACAAGACUUAGAACAAAUGGAUGCCUACAUCGAUGAGCCGCAAAUAUGCCGUUGGACCGAUUGUAAUGAGGAAUUUCCCAACCAAGCUGAAUUUGUGGCGCAUAUCGAGAAACGUCAUGUGGACGCGAAAAAGCGUGAAGAUUUCUCCUGCUUUUGGUUGGACUGUCCACGUCGCUAUAAGCCCUUCAAUGCGCGCUACAAGCUCUUGAUACACAUGCGUGUGCACAGUGGCGAGAAGCCGAACAAAUGUCCGUUCCCCACUUGCAACAAGGCAUUCUCACGUUUGGAAAAUUUGAAAAUUCAUCAGCGCUCUCACACCGGCGAACGUCCGUACGGCUGCCAAUAUAGCGGUUGCCUGAAAGCUUUCAGCAAUAGUUCGGAUCGUGCCAAGCAUCAGCGUACACACUAUGAUACGAAACCCUACGCCUGUCAAUUGGCCGGCUGCACGAAACGCUACACCGAUCCAUCGAGCCUGCGUAAGCAUGUGAAAAAUCACGCGCUUCGCAAUGCCAACGGCCAUUUGGGACGACGAAAGUCAGCGAGCGCGGCAAGUGCCAGCAGUGGCAACAAAAAAGUCAACAACAACAACAAUGGCCAACUGGCAACAGCAAAAAUGCGCCGCCACUCGGAAUCAUCACUGGCGCAUGCAACAACAGUGCAAAUAGCCAGCGGCGCGACAUUAGAGGCGCAAAUAGCAACAACAACAACAAAUGUUGCAACAUUACCAACAACAACAACAACAACGGUGGCAACAAAAGCAUUAGCGCAAACGACACUAAUUGGCAGCAAAUUAAUGAAUAAUACACAGAGUCAGUGUCAGAGUCAGCAGUCAAUGCAACAGUACACACAAACACGACAGCAGCGCAGCAAUAGUUGCAGUGAGAUGUCAACACAUUACAACAAUGGCAAGAACAACAUGAACAAUAAGCUCUCUCAUUAUGAUAAUCACGAUGAGUUAAUGACAGCAACAACUCAAGCGACAACAACAACAGCAAUUGCUGUGCAGCCUACCCAACUAUUGGCAGGCGCAAUGUCAACAUCAACACCAACAACAACAACAACAACAGCGGCGACGACGCCCAUGUACAAGGCAUCAACAGCCAUGUCAUAUACGAUGCGGCAACAUGCCAAUAAUGCGUUGAGUAUCAACAGCAACAGCGGCAACAUGGCCGCAUUAUUUGUUGCCACGACUAAUACCAGCGGUGGCAAACACAACAACAACAACAACAACAACAACAACAACCACAACACCGUUGGCAAUGCGAAACAACACGAGUACACCACAAAUGGUAGCAAAAGCAAUUCGAUGAACUUUAAUGAGUUGUCAAAUUGCAUUGUAACCAUCGAACACAAUCAAAAUGAGAAUUCAAUUGAUUGCAGUGACGACAACAACAGCAACAGCAACAGUGACAACAAUGAAGCCAUUAACAAGUCCACGGGCGCUGGGCAUGUGGCAUAUGGCAUGCGACGCCACGACACACAGGAAAUGGAUACGAUGAGUGUGUGCAGCAACAACAGCAACAGCAGUGGCAGUAGCAACAACAACAAUAGCCACUGCAGUUGUAGCAGCAAUAAUGAACAUAUCAAUCAAUUAAAAGAACUUGGUCAAUUUUUGGUAUUAAGCCCAAAGGCCACGAACAACGACUGUAGCAACACAGUCGACGACGACGACGCCAACAAACAGUCAAUAACGUGUGCAACAACAGCGCAUACCGUUGCAUGGCAUACACCAACUAAUUGCAACAAAUAUAUGGUUCAUACAAAUACCGCUAAUAUAACGGCUAUUAGCAACAUUAGCGCGGAUAUGACGCAAUCCACAGCGGUGAAGGCACGCACAGCUGCAACGUCGACGGCAGCAGUGGCAGCAACAGCGACAGCGUGUAAGCAUAUUAACAGCAAUGCCACCACCAUCACCAUCACCACACCACCGCGGGCACCAUUGGAGGAGUUCGUCUCGUUCGAGUAUGUGAAACGCAUGUUGGCCGACACAUUCGAGCAGGAGGCGGCCGAUAUCGGCGAUAGUCCCAGCGGUAAUGAUACGUAUGCGGCAGCCAAUAAACAGCCGACAAUGAAGGCCGCAAAUAAUGUGGCUGUCGAAGGCGCUGUCGCCGGCGACGCGGCACAAGCCAUUAGCGCAAAUAAACAAUGCAGCAACGCUGUAGCGCAAACAGCUAAUGGACAAAAUGCCGACGUGGCUGAAAGCACUUGUGCCAAUAGCAACAACAACAACAAAAACAACAGCAGCAACAGUGCUGCCAAUGCCGGAUCGGAUUAUGCAAAUAAUUUCGAAAUGGAUUAUUUGCAGAGUUUCAUGUAGUGCCGACGCGUGUGCUUUGCUCACACACAUACACACACA